UCUGUCAGAGACGCGCUGUCACUGUUUGUGGCAUGUCAUUGCUGUGAAGCGGUGCGGACAUGGUGGGUGUCUGGUAUCAGACGGCUGCUGCCAACAUGCUCCGCUCGGACCAUUGACCCUCUCGCCACGUUGGUACCAUUACAUGCAGCGAGCUUUAAAUUCUAUGGCCAGGUGGAGGAUGGGUAAUAUGAUGCGAGCUGGGAGCACCAGGAACAUAAUCCAAAAAGAAAACAUCGAUGAUGGUGAUGUGAAAGGUUCAGAAGAUGAAAUUGUGGUGGUGCUGGAGGACUACCCUUCGGCUGAAAUCAGUGAGCCCAUCUACAAAAUGGGGGAGAAGCUCAGAGUCAUUGCGCAACCGAAAUUACAUACGUGGAGAAUGCACAGAAUUGAGGCUUAUUGGUGGAAAGUUCGUUCCUUUGCGACUGGAAAGGAGAACUACAUACCGGGCAGCCACGUGGCAAAAGUCUACCAUGGAUGGCUGUUUGAAGGCUUGGAGAGAAAGAAGGCGGAAGAGCUGCUUCUUCUACCUGAGAACAGGGUGGGCUCUUUUCUGGUGAGGGAGAGCUCCUCAGAAAGAGGUGUAUACUCACUCUCAGUAAAGCACAGGAUGAUAAAGCACUAUCGUAUCUUCAGACUGGACAACAGCUGGUACUACAUUUCCCCAAGUCUCACCUUCCAGUGUCUUGAAGACAUGAUUAACCAUUAUUCAGACUCAGCAGAUGGGCUGUGCUGCACGCUAACCUCUCCCUGUCUGUCGGGCAGAAACAUUAACCCUGGAACUCCACCCGUGGUCAUGCGACGCAACUUUGACUGGAAGAAAGUGGACAGUAAACAACUGGUGGAGAACAGCGAUGACAGCAUUGUGAGCUACGGAGUAAGGAACAGCAUCGCUGCAUAUCUGUCCUUUACUGCUCCUGAUGACUCCUCAGAGAGAUUGGACCGUAGGAAGAGGAAAUGCAAAUCUGUGAAUAUAAACCAUGCAAUGGACCACAGACACACUGAAAGCGAGGAUUUUUAGAGGCCCGAAAGUGUUGCAGCGGAGGCUGGACCACGGAACCAUCCUCUGAUGUCUGCUUAAAACCCCUGAAACCUGCAGAAUUGCUAUGACCUCACAUUUGUCCGUGUAUGUUAGAAAUCAAGGUGUGUAUACCGGGAGCACUUUGAAGUAUUGUAACAAUAAUUGCUUGGCAUGAUUCAUGAAAAAAAAUGGAGCUGAUCUUUAUGAGAGUGCAAUUAUGGCACAGUUUUAGCAGAUGCUAUGGCAAAAAUAGAUUGAACUAAACCAGGGCUUUGCAUCAUAACUGUGUAAAAUGUUAAAAUAUUAUAUAUAUUUCGUUGUUGUUUUGCAUUACUAGUAUUACUGCCUUUAAAAUACUUUUUGUUAUUGAUAAAUGUUGCUCAGUGGUCAUAAUUGAAAGAAAGGUGAUUAUAGCCCUGACUUAAUUAUUAAUUGUUUUUUUAAGGGGGGUGCAAUCUAACCUUUUCAUAACACACAAAUGCACCAAGAAAUUCAUUAAAAAGCACAAAAACAUAAAAUGUGGCAUCUUCUUAGGCCACUCCCACAAAGGUCUCCACUAGGGCUGCUCAAACUGUUACCCUCAAAAGACUCAGAGAGUUGAGGGCCAAAAGCUGCCACCCGUGGCAAAUUUAGCUGAAAUCUCACAAGUUGUUCAUGUUGUGUUGUCUUGUGCAGCCAAUGGCUGUGAAAAAGCUGACAUUUCUUUUUUGUUGAGGGUUGUCCAAUUCCCCUCACUACUCCCCAACCCUUAAAAGACAAUAUUGCACAGGACUGUGCUCUGGAUUUUAACGCCAUUCAGACACAUCCUCACUAUUUUUAUUUAAACAACAUAUAUGACGCCACCCAUUUGCCCAUUCACCCCUUUAUCCAAUCUUCUAUUGUCCAGUUUUGAUGAGCCUGUGGGAAUUGUAGCCUCAGUUUCCUGUUCCUAGCUGAUAGGAGUGGCACUAGGUGUGGUCUUCUACUGUAGCCCAUCUGCCUCGAGGUUGGACGUGUUGUACAUUCAGAGAUGUUCUUCUGCAGACCGCGGUAGUAACCAGUGGUUCUUUGAGUUACUGCUGCCUUUCUAUCAACUGGAACCAGUCUGGCCGUUCUCAUCAGACCUCUGACAUCAACAAGGCAUUUUCUUGUUCUUACCAUUGUCUGUAAACCCUAGAGAUAUUGUGGAUGAAAAUCCUAGUAGACCAUCAGUUUCUGAAAUAUUUAGACCAGCCUGUCUGGCACCAACAACCAUGUCACGUUCAAAGUCACUUCAAUCACCUUUUUUCCCCGUUUUGAUGCUCGGUUUGAUCUGCAGCAGAUCAUUUUGGCCAUGUCUACAUGACUAAAUGCAUUGAGUUGCUGAUUAGAAAUCUGCAUUAACAAGAAAUUGGACAGGUGUGCCAAAUAAAGUGGCCAAUGAGUGUAUAUUCUACUGAGCAGCAAUGCACAGCAGUUUCCAGGGCAGUGGAUUUUGGCAUUGUAGAUCUGGACAGCCUAACAGAAUGGCGGUAACCAUUUUGGUUCCAGCAGGUAACCAGCAGAGACUUAAGAACCAGCUAGAAAACACAGACCCUCCUGAACCACGAUGAACAUGAUCUUUUAUAAGACCCUGGGUCAGGUUGUUCCACUUUAGCUUAAUGAUUGAAUUUUGGUUAGGCCCUGCAAAUGCCUACCAAACCAAGAGUUUGGGUCCUUUGACCCAGGAAGUAAAACUGAAAAGGUAAGCAGACACAAAACAUAUUAACACAAUACAUAAACAUAAUACACCCAAACAAACCACCCAACAGUUGAAAAACUUGUGCAUGUCGUGUGUCAUCAGGGAACCCGCUCAGAUAUUUUCAUAGUUGAACGUGUGCACCCAACCAACCAGCAUGGUCUUGAUACUUGAGCAUAUGAUGUGUGUGUGAGUUUCUGUGUGGAGUUUCAGACAGGUGAAACUGCCAUAAAGGGGCCUGUUAGUGCUGUGGAAUUGAUAAGUGUGCACUCCCUGGUGCAUCCCUGUAGCACAGCCUGACUGUUAGAAAUGAGGAAAUUAGACGAUCAGAGUGUAAUUUUGUGCCAGUGUCCAGCAUCACCUGUACGUCAUAUCAUUACAAGUAUUUCCUGACACACAUACCACACACGACAAUGGUACGUUCUAUUUUUAUGAUGUCCCCUGAGCUGGCCAUACGAGUCUCAAGGAAAACUGCAAGACACAAACUCAUGUAGAACAGCAGCCGACUGAUUAAAAUUUGGCAGAAAGACCAACAUUUUUUUGGAAAAAAAAUAGUGUCUUUGUGCAAAGUAACACAAAUGUAUUCAUAAAUCUGAGCUCCAACAAGUUUGUAGUUAAUUUAUAAAGUUGUAAUUCUGACCUAAA